AUUUCCUAUAUACCUACAAUGUUUCAGAUAUUCAAUUUCUAUGCCGGCCACGAGUGAUCUCCAAUCAGAAGAAGAAAUGUUAGACGGACUUCAACUUCGUGGACGAUCUUUCGACGUUUCUACUGAUCACUCAAGAUCACCUAGCACAGACGAUGGUUCGUUUUACCAUCCAGACAACAAUAAUGUGUCCGAAGACGAUGACGAAAAUAUUAAAAGCGAUUCGGAGAGUUCAGACGAGAAAUCACGAAGGCCUGUGGCGGGCAAGCGAAAACGACGGGCGAGCAUAGACGAGGAUGACGGCGACGAACCGAUUGCGACGAAAACGAGAAAAUGUCGCAGGAGCAUCCGGCAAAGGCAAUCGGUGGAGGUGUUGACGGCCAAAGACCGAAACUUACGAAGGUUGGAGAGCAACGAACGCGAACGAUUACGCAUGCACUCAUUGAACGAUGCAUUCGAGAAAUUGCGCGAAGUGGUGCCUCACGUAAAAAUGGGACGUAAACUAUCAAAGUUGGAAACAUUGACAUUGGCAAAAAACUACAUAAUGGCAUUGACUAACGUCAUAUGUGAAAUGAGAGGCGAGCAAAAACCAUUUACUUUUGACGAUCCCGAUCAAGCCGAAAACGACUAUGCAUCGAGCAACGAUGGUGGAUUCGAAUCGGGUAAUAGUACAAAAACUCCCACAAAUUUGGAACAAGAGUUACUAUCAUCGGACUAGUAAAACCGUACGCCGAAAAUCACAUUUCCUACAUUAUAGUAUAUAUAAACCAACCCUGUUGUUUAGUGUAAAAACAAUUUUUUUUACCUAAUAUAGGUAUUAACGAUGAGAUUUAUUUUUGUCUUGAUAUU